GGAAGCGGCCGCACAUAAAUGGAAACUCGCACCGCUAGGCUCCUCCCAUUGUAGCUGAAUUUGCCCCGGGGAAUAAACUCUGCACUAUAGAAAGUAAUACAUGAGGCAAACGCUAGGAAUAAUAGUAUUUACUGUAUAGCCCACUUCGUUUUAUCCAUGUUUCUGAAUUAUCGGGUUAGUAACCCUGACUGAGACACAGCACUGACACCCAGUAGCGCGACUCCUCCUUUAUUGAAGGGAAAGCAGCAAUCUUGCUGAGCCAACUACGCAGUUACAAACUUGUUGCUGAGGCGGGAGGGGGGCUGUAUUUGAGACGCUGUAGAUGAAGAGGUCAGACUUCGCGGUUGGAAGUGUUGUUGUCGCGCUAAUAUUUUUACUCUGGGUCUCAGCUGCCGGGUUCGGAAGUGACAGUGUGCCGGUACCGCUGGGCCCCUAUACGCACUCACAUCUGCUCAUUGCAGAUUAGGCUGUUUGUUGGUGAUUAUGGGACCUGCUAUACCCAAGAUUGUGCAUUUCUUUGGGCUCUUCAUUCUCUGUUCCAUGUUUGAAGGAUCCCUUUCAGCCCAGUUUAAGGUUUCUUCAACAAUAUCGGUUGUUGCUGCACUUGGAUCAGAUGUGCUGUUACCUUGUCGCCUUAUUCCUGAGAUGAACGCAGAGAAGAUGGAAAUCCGUUGGUUUAAGCCUAGGUACCAGCCCUAUGUUCAUCUUUAUAUUAAUGGGAAAGAUAAUUACUCAAUACAGAUGCCACAGUUUGCUAACAGAACAGAACUGCUAAAAGAGAACAUCACCAUAGGAAUUUUCCCUUUGAAGAUCCAUAAAGUCACAGCUCAGGAUUCUGGGAAAUAUUAUUGUUUUGUUGAGUCCAGUGACCAUCACAGCAUGGCAACAGUACAACUACAGGUUACUGCUGUGGGAAGUCUCCCUGUAAUUUCCUCCAACACAUAUACAAGUAAUGAGCCUGCCUUUUGUGAGUCCUGUGGCUGGCUUCCAGAACCUUCCCUCAUAUGGACUGAUACCCAGGGGAUCCGAGUUAUCCCAUCAAAGGAAAAAGUGUACAGAGAUGAGAAGAGUUUGUAUUGUAUCUUUAGUAUUAUCAGUCUACCAGAUUCAUCUAAUAUCACUUGCACUGUAUUGAAUUCAGUAAAUCAAAGCAAAUAUCACUCCAAACCGAUCAGAGAAACAGGACUUCCAGUAACAUGCCGGGAUCAGUACAGUCGCUACAUUGUACUCUGGCCUUGUCUGGUUGCUCUGAUUGUUUGUAUUGGGUAUAUAUACCAUCAAAGCAAGGAACUCAAACGACUCCGGGCGGAACUGGAUAACUGCAAACAGAAUGAGCACCACAGCGAGGAAGCCCCAGUGAAUGGAAUAUGUGCUGCAGGAUACACCCCUAAUGGCUGUACCUCAUCUGAUCAUGGGACUCAUGGCAAUGUUCCCUCAGCCCCAGUGAAUGGAAUAUGUGCUGCAGGGUACGUCCCUAUUGGCUCUACCUCAUCUGAUCAUGGAACUCAAGGGAAAAAUUCUGCAGAUCACUCACAAAGUACUGUACAGGUAUAAGGGCAAAACCAAUGGCAGCUGUUACAUGGGAAAUGCAUCCGUUUUGCUCUAUAAAUCUUUGAACUUUUCCCCAUUGCAUCCACCCAAGAUUAAAGGGAUUUGUGUGUUAGAGGUGGGCACAAAAUCAUAUUCCCCCUAUUUUUUAUUUUUUUUUAAAUAAAAUAUGGACCAGCUUUGGAUGGGGGUGGGGGGGCACAGCCUAUGCACACUGAGCCAGAGGGGCUUAUCAGACCCCACCAUUGCAGCUACUUUUUGCUCUUUAGUGUCAAGGGGAACUAUCAGUUACCCCCAGGGGUUCCCCCGGGACCCCACAGGUUGCAGUGGGCCAUUGCCUGAGUAAGCCCAUGAAUUUACCUUAAUCCCUGACCAGUUAACCUGCUAGAAAUGUUUCCAGUGACCCAAACCUGCUCAUAGCCCACAGUAGGGCUUCUAAUCAGCUGCCCCUACUUUUGUUGUGUUGGGUAAUAAACAAGAAAAAACCUUUCCAAGGGGGACAACCCCAAGGAAAAAAAUGUAUAGAAUUGUCACCACCCCCAGAGUACUACAUAUCACUUCACUGCCUACUAUUGUCGUGAGGGGCUAAGCUUGCCAUGCAUGGACUGAAUCAGCAGCAUAUUGGCCUGUAUAUGGGGCCUGUCCAGCCAAUAUCUGGUUGAAAUCAGUCAGAGCAGGUUUAAACAUUCUGUCAGGGCAAGGACUCCAUCAGCUCCUGGAUGUGCCCUCACAGCAAAUUGAUCAGCCCCAUGUUACCCAGCUCAGUGUGGGAAUAUUGGGGAAAGAGACGCUCGUUCGGCUCUUUAUAUGUACGCGCAGCUUUAGAUUUAAACCUGACAUCUCUAAUAAAUGUUCAG